AUGGCAGACGAUAGUGAUGUGAUUUGGAUAUCCGAUGGAGAGGAAGAACCUUUGAAACCAGCCGAGGUCGCUGCUGACGAGACGGUGAUUGAGGAUUCGUUUUUGAAAAUCUCUGGAGAAACCGGGAAAGUGUGCGAUGGCGAGGCUUCCACCUCAACGCGCAAGGCUUCAAUUCCAAAACCGUCUGAGGUGUCGAUUGACCUCCCCACCAAUUCCAACGCGGAACCAGCAAAUUCUAAUGAUGAUGGCGACUGUCAAGUAAUAGCUGAUUCGCCGCCACCAUAUUACGAUCCGAUGGAUUACAAUUAUAAUGACUGGCCCCCGAGCCCUCUGCCAAACGUUGUAUCACCGAAGGCUGAGGAUGUUGGUCAGAAUCCUUCUGGAGGGCGCAAACAAACGUCAAAAGAGCCAGAAUGCGUCAUACUCGACGACUCUCCACCACACAGAGAAAGCAGUCCGGUGAAAAGACCGCCGAAACACGUUGCCACUGAAGAAUUCGAUAACCGCCAGCCCAGCCCUGAUAUUAUCGCCGAAAAAUGGUCUAGCAAGAUUUUGGCCACGACUGACUCGCCCAAGAAGAAGCAAAGACGAACGAAAGAUGAGAUUACGGAAGAGAAAUCUUUGAAAGAGGCCGAGAAGCUGAAGCGCGCGAAAGAAAGGGAGCAAAAAGAGGUGGCCAGGAAGCGGGCGAAGAUUGAGCGCGAGAUUUCAGCGUCGACCAAGUCGCACGUGGAGAAGCAUCUUUUUUGUCAUAUUCCGCAGAGCGUUUUUGAUGAUCACGGUGGAGUUGAAGCCGCCGUGAAAGCGGCUUUUAUUGAGCGGAAUCUGGAGCCGCAGCUUGUUGUGAAACGGGGAAAGGAUUCGAGCUUGAUAACUUUCCAACGGUCAUGCAUUGAUCUGUUCGAAAAGUCGGAUGGCGAUGUGGAGAAGUUUGUGUAUGAGAUACAAGAGCCAUUCUUCGUGUAUGUCAUUGACGGGGAGACACUUUCGAGCACGCACAAGACACUGGCUCGCUCAAUCGAAAGAGUCAAGACCGAGCUCUCGAUACCGGCUUGUAACAUGGUGGUGACUUGUAUCGGGGCACCGAAACUCUCCAGUAAUAAGCUCGCCUCGUUAAACGUCGAUCUCUUUUCCUCGCUCCGGGUGCAGCUGAAAGUUUGUGGCGGGAAGGAGGAAUUCGCGCAAUACUUGGUCCAACUAACAAGGGGUCUGGCCAAGAAAACCGAGCAUCGCAAGGAGGAAUCUGCACAAGAGAUUGAAAAGGGAGUACGAACCGGCCCAGAGCUUGUAGGGGAUUGGUGGGAUCGAAUGCUGACCACCAUAUAUCGUUUAUCAGCUGCUGCGAAGCGGGCCAUUGUUAAGAAGAUUCCAUCACCGGUUGCAGGUGUCGAUUGGGUGUCAGAUGUCGGCGUCGACUCGGCCGUGCAAGAAUUGGCGAACGUUGUAUGCGAGAAUGAUCGCCGAAUCGGGAAUGCCGUGGCGAUUCGCAUUAUUCGCAUGCUCAGCGAUAUGGAAGGGGAUCAAUGUGUCGAU